AUGCUAACAUGCCGGCCAGCUGAGCAUCCAGUCGACAAGAGCGUUAUGAAAGCAUUCUAUGUCGAUGCUGCUAGGGGAAGAUUAGCUAGUGGAGGUCAAGCAAGUAGCGGACCCAUACCUCUCAUAUUCUUUGAGAAUAUGCCAGGAAUAGGUGAAUUGGAUCGUUAUCGCAACGGCUUCACCCUCAUCUCCGGCAAUGCCAAUCUGGGGGACUCCAACUUGUUCAAUCGUAUUAUGGAGUGUUUGGGCAGUAGAGAACACACUGAUCCUUUCAUUGUCACCGAAGAAACUCUGAACUGGGUUAAAGGCGAGUUAAUGCAACAUAACCAGCCUAUGAAUUAUAAAGACCGUCUUGAUACUAUGGAGACAAACCCUCUGUACGCUUUGGGGAUUUUGCGAGCAAGUAUCGCAACCUUUGACUACAUGAACACCCGGUCGGGCCCCGAUGUGUACGGGAAAACGACGAAUGUCCUACAAGACAUCUAUAAUCAAUUGAUAUCAGCCCAAGCUAUGUGGGAGUUGGAGAAUCCCAAUGAGCCUGUCAACAUCGUUCAGUUCUUUAUCGAAUGGUUCCCCGACUGGUAUCAAACAGCACUGGUAAAGGCAAGAGAUUUCGUCCGCAUCAGUAUAGCUGAGAUGAGGAACAUCUGGGAGCACAAAUCUGGCGAUGACGAAACGCGAAACAUAGUGUUGGAAACGCUUGACUCACUGGAACCACGCAUUAUACGAAUGCAUAUUGACACUGACUGGCCUAUACAGUUUGUGACAUAA